GUCGAAGAGGAAGCUUGUCCCGGGGCCGCACGUGGGUAGGAGCGGGGCCAACGACAUCCUGGACUACCUGGACGGCCAUGGGGUGGGAGGCAGCGGUCGCCCCUCGCAGAAGAGCAAGCGCAGUGAGUUUGCAGGGGGCAUUGCGAUGGCGACGAGGGCUCGGCAGUCGGCAAUGUCGCUGAGGCGCAUGGCAGCGACGGAGGAGCAGUCAGUCGGGCAGAGGGGCCUCGACGCCUUGUGGGAGCGAGGGCCG